AUUGUCAUUUGAAUUCAGUCCGCGACUGCUCAAUUUUAGCAACAAGAAAUGUCAUGUUAAAAAUUUUUCAUUUUCCUAAACAAAUAAUGGGUUGUUUAUUAGACAAAUGUGGGUUUAAAAGAUCUCAUGAAACUCUCGAGGAAGAACAACCAAAAGUUUACUCAUGGGACAAGAGACCUAAACUGGAUAUCUCAAAUUACAUGUAUGAUGGUUUGACAGAUCAGACAGUUGGAAAACUACCAGGAGCUAUAAAUGGUCAACAGUUCAUGGUACAAAAUUGUAAGAAUUGCAAUAUUUACCUGUUUGACCAUACAAGCACAGUAACUAUAGACGAUUGUGUGGAUUGUAACUUCUUUAUUGGACCUAUAAAAACCAGAUUUGUACGAUUUGUACCUAGAAAUAUGCACAAGUUCUGCAGUGGAAAUAUUGUGCAACUUGAGGAGCACAAAAUUAUUCCACAACAGAAUUAG